UACGAACUGCUCGUAUCCAACGUCCAUCCGUAGAAUAGAAAAAAAUUCAAUUGAACCCAGACAAGGUCGUUGAUAUGCUAUUUUAAGCUUCUGUAUUUAGCGAUAUGUCACGUGUGUUUACAAGGUUAUCGCGUACUGAGGUCACCCAUGUGAUUUCAAAAAGUUUCGCUUUCUUUGACUUUAGAAGAUGUCGAGUUGUGAAGGUAACUAAGCGCAAAUAAUCGGCUUAGGCGGUCGAAGACGUGUGGAAAGGAAAUCUUUUCUGUGAAUUUAUUUGGAUCUGAAUGGUGUGACUCGGCGGAAGGUAUUUCUGAUGUCGACGAUUUCAAGAUCAAGGGAAAAUGUCGCGUGACUGAGGUAUUGGCAGCAGAACUUUAUCGGAUGAAUUAAAACUGCAAGGGUUAGUCAAGUUUGGAGGGAAGAAAUAUGGGAAACGCGCAAGCUGAGUUGUUGUAUCCAACAAAGGAUCUCGAAAAUGGUUUGAAUGUGAGCGGACCUCAGCAUUUACAGGCAUUUGCAAGUCCCCGUACAUCCAAGAAGCGAAAUUUUUUGGCUUCUCUGAGCAAGGGAACCCAGAGAAAAGGAACAAUUAUUACGCGGCCCAUGAAUCAAGAUUCUAUGCCCGAGGAAAUGGAGGAAGGCAAGGAGGGUGAUGCUGAAAGAAUACGGAUCAUGAACAUGGUGAAGGAAGGGAUAUGGUCUGUUGAAGAAGCUAUGAAGGAGGCAAAAACUCUUGGAGUGAUUGCUUCUCCUGAACCAACAAAUGAUGAUGGGAAUGGAGAAGAGAAGAUCUUUAAUUUUGGAGUGUACAAGUAUGGCAGGGACAAGACAAGUCUUUCUAGGAGAAUUUUACAGUUUGAUUUUCAAGAGAAGGUGCUGUGUAUCAUUCAGAAAGGAAACAGAAACAAGAAAUUUGCAUUCACUGAUAUCAAAGGGUUUGACAGUGAGGAUGGUGUGAGAUUUUACAUUUAUCUUGAAAGUGAUUAUGAACUUGAUGCUGACAGUAUUGAGGAGAAAAACAAGAUUUGUCAUCUACUGGAUUCUAUCGUGACACAGAGCAGAGGAGAUGAACCAGAUGGGGAAUUUGAAGCACCAUCACUUGACACUACAAAAGUUAUCAAAGAAGGCCAGAUUGAGAAGAAAGGUCAUAGUGUGGCAUUUAUGAUGUGGCCAAGGCGAUGGCUGCGCAUCCAGCAAGGAGAAUUAUCAUAUUUUAAGUUGGGAGAGGAAAGCCAGGCUGCUUUGAACAUUGUUAAGCUUGGUCCUGGGAUGGCGGAAGUCAAGAGUGUGGAUCAUAAUGCUUUCAUUAUCAUCACAAGCAAGAAGGAAUAUAGUUUCCGUGUGUUAAAUCUGAACAAUGCGGGCGAUAAUGCUGUUGAAAAAGAAAGAGACUCAUGGAUUGAGGCUAUAACUACAGCUUCCCAAAUAAGUUUCCGUCAAUCAAGAGCAGUAUCGUCAGUUCAUGAUGAAGCAGCCAUUGCAUCCUCUGUAAUAGAACAGGAAAAGUAUCUUAAAGAUGUUGUCAGAACACUUCAAAGAGAGUUGGAGCAGUUAGGUUCUGUGUUGUCUGUGGUCAACGCACCAAUUCAAGCUACUGUGCAGGUCAAGAAGGUGAAAGAUGUUGUGCGCAAUUUGGAUUCACAAGUCAAAACAGGCGUGUUGUCAUGGACAAUGAGACAAGUACUUCAAUCCAGGAAAGAUUCUAACAAAGAUGGAGUCGUGGUCUUACCACAACGCAGAAAAGAUUCUUUAAAAGACAGCAGCACACGCAUACCUCAAUUCAACAAUACUUCGCCUCCGAGAAGAAAAGACAGCGACAGGCUACCCAGCUUGCCACCUCAACCUGAAGAUGGUUACGAAAAAGUUGAACCUCCACAACGGACGAAAAAACCUCCACCCGUUCCAUCCCUCACAGGUGUUGCUCAGUCGUCACAUGUCAGCGGUGGCCCCCCUCCACGGCCUCAUAAACCUUCUGAACUAUCAAACACACUAGUUAGUGACAUUGAUCCAUGUACGCCUCAACAAAUCGUCCCACCUGUGAGGCAUUCACGGAGUAGCAGUUCUUCUUCAGGUCCCUACGAAACUGUUGAAAUCGUUUCUCAAAAACGUGAAGGUUCGAAAGGAGGUAGUGUAGGUGAACGCACACCACCAAGGCCACCUAAACCUGGUAGUGGUGUGAUUGAAGAUGACAGCUCAAGUAUUUAUAUGCAGCCACCUAUACCAGUGAGUGUCAUAAGCCCGAUAGAUGACUCCGAUAUUUACGAUAAUGUCCACAUCAAAAACAUUCCGUUUGGAGCGAAAGAUGGUCUGCAUGGUGUUUCUACUCUAGGAGCGAAGGAUGGUGUUGCUGAGGCUUGUACUGGAGAGACGAAUGAACCUACUGUCCUUGGUGGUUCUGCUGGGGAGAGAAAAGAAUCUGUUGACAUCGGAAAUGAAAUAGCUUCAUCAGGGACUCAGGAGACAAAGGGUGACGCCACGAAUAUCACAGAACGUGAAUCAACGGAUGGUAACCUUGAAAUCGAUUCUGGGGGGAUGGGAUGCGAGAGUCUCGCGCAGGCAAUCGAAGAGCGACGGCAGGUUUUGCAGGAGGAAGAAGCUAAAGAAGGUGUGGUGUUACUUUCUAAACAGAUGCUGAACGAGAAAGGUUCUGAUCUGAGUCAUACCUAUGCUGCUGAAGAGAUUGGAGAUAAUAGACCUAUUGGAGAUAAUAGACCUACUUCGGGCAGCAAUCCACUGCCUCCUCCUCCUCCCCUCCCUCCAGGAGUGCCCCCACCUCCUCCCCCAUUAGGAGGAGGCCUUCCUGGAAAAUCUUGUGCAGUCCAGGCCAGAGUUAAACUUCGACCUUUUUUUUGGAUGCCAGUGCCGAUGCAAAUGGUGUCCAACUCCAUGUGGAUGCAAGCCGCUGAUCGCACAACGAGCAUAAACUUGGAUUUGCUGGAAGAAAUGUUCCAGAUAGAGGAGAAGGAAAAACCCUUACCUACUGCCCCCGCUAAACCCACGGUGAAGACGUUACUGGAUCCAAAACGAGCACAGAAUCUUGGAAUUUUCUUAAGUGGGUUCAAACUGAGCACCAAGGAGAUUGACGAGAAGCUGAGUGUGUUCAGAGAAGAAGAUGGCGCCCUACCUAUGGAUCAGGUGAUCGCUUUGAAAAGGUUUCUUCCAUCAGCUGAAGAAUUUGAGAUGUACAAGAACUACAAGGAAGAUCCCAGCACAUUGGUGCCAGCGGAUCAAUUUAUGAAGAAGCUUUGUGAGAUAAACGACCUGGAGAAACGUUUGGAUUUAUUGCUUGUCAUCAUGGAGUUUCCCCAACAGUUUGAAGAUCUUGCACCGAACGUGAAUAAUCUUUUGCAAGCCUGCAGUGAACUUUACAACAGCAAAAACUUUCAACUCACGUUGGAAUACGUGUUGUCAGUUGGAAACAUUCUGAACACGGGAAGUACCAGAGGGGGUGCAUAUGGGUUUAGGCUUCAUUCCUUACCAAAGAUGGCAGAUAUCCGCGGAAAUAACAAGAAGUACAACCUCCUCAAGUUCCUUAUCCUUCAACUACAGCAGUCCAAUCCAGAAGCGUUGAAUUUCACGGACGAAUUGAAAACCGUUCAGAAAGCUGCUACGUCUUUGUGAAUGAAUAUGAGCAGAAGCUAAAUGAUUUGUGUGAUCAGUGCAAGCAGAUGAAACAGAUUUACAACAAGGUUUUGGUUUCUUUUGGUGAGUCUCAGAGUAGUGAUUCUGAGGAAAUCUUUGGACCUAUCAGCACUUUUAUGACACAGUUCAAAAAAGCGUUGAAAGAACAGAAUCAGGGCAGUAAUCGCAACAAGGGUAUCAAACUGGAGGGCCUCAGUGAGGCCAUCGCACAGAGGCAGAAGUCGAUCAAUGACUCAACUUCAGUGGCCUCUAUGAGUUCUUUUUCGACAACAUCAACUACCUCCGGUAAUGACAAUAUUGAUGGAAACAAAACCAGUCGGAAUGGUGAGAAAAGAGACUUAUUUCUUGAAAGGAAGCCGUCAAAUAAAGAUACAAACACUUCUCCUCAUGCACCGCUCCCUGUCAUCCAUAAACAGUUGAGUAUCAAAUUGCCGCCAAAACCACAAGGGAGAGCGAAUCCCAAACCCACACGGAGCGGUUUCCUUGGCAAGCUCAGCGGAGGAAAACAUCAUUCUCCAAAAUGGGACAACAGAUAUUUCGAGCUCACAGACACAGGAUAUCUUAAUUAUUACAAAAAAGCUGAUGGCGGGAAACCUAUCAAUUCCAUCUAUUUGAGAGGCUGCCCCUUAGAAAUAGACCCUAACGACCCUCUAAUAGUUCUCAUUAAAACCGACGAUAGAGACUGGAGCUUGCGAGCGGCAACUGCUGAGGAGGCCUGCGCAUGGAAAGAAGCCAUGUCAUUUUACACUGACAAACGGAACUGAAGGCUCACAAAUAACUCAGGGAUAAAUUUUUGUAAGAGCAUGCGAUCAAUCAGGUUAAUUUCACGACUUGAGACCGAGAUUGAUUCUGGUCCUGCUUUUUGAUAAUGGGGAUGAUCCAAGAUUUAGAUCCAAUCAGAGAUUAUUUCGCUCAGUGUGAUUCCAAGCUUGAGAAUUGCACAAAGUGGGAAGAAAUAAAGAGGAAACGAAAAUAACAUUCUGAAAUUAAAUUUGACGACAGUCUUGGGUUUCAUCAUGAGACUUGUUCAAACAACUGGGGCCAGGCCACGCGCCGAUUUUUACAUAUCAAAUUUACACUAGAGCUAUCCUCUUUUCUUUGAAAUAGAAAUUCUAACUUUAAUUGGAAAUUUUGCUUCAGUUGAAGAGGCUCUUCAUUCUGUGUGAAUUAUUUAUUGAUCUACAUAGUAACUGGCGUACCAUGCAUUCGUGUAUGUUACUUGGCAUAAACUCUUCUCAAAGUGUCGCGUAUUGUUAUUAUUAUAAAACCAUGCAAUUAUUAAUAUAAACGAAUGAAAGGAAGAAAAUACGGGUCAAAAAUGAAAAAGAUACUUAAAAUUCAUGAAAAUGGUUUACAUCUGCAUCAUUCAGGCUAUUCCCAAGAUUGUGCCGGGAUAAUUAUUGAUUCAAGUUAAAUGUUUAUUAAUUCAUUAUUUUGUUAGAGCGUCUUUUCAUAGACAUGAAAGAGAGAUUUCACGCAAUCUGCUUAACUGUUAUGUUUGUACAAUGUAACCGUAUGUCUCUUACCACACAUGCUACUUGGAAGACCUCAGCGUCAGUCGUAGCUUUGCCCCUCAGCAUCUUUCCUCAACUUUUAUCUUUUGGAGUUUCUCUCCUAAGACCUCUCUUAAGAGAACUGAUGGUAAUAUAAAUUAUUUUAAACGACUCAUGCGAUGUAAAGGAACUUGCGAAAUAUUACAAUAUUAUGAAUUAUAAUCAUGCAUCAUUGUAAUAAACAUUUUAGUCCAAGA